AGUUAAGUUGGUUGAUUAAUGUAUAAAUCUUUAUACUUUUACUUUCUUCUUUUAUUAAAUUACUACAUUAUAACCAGGCAGGUUUGAUUGGUGAUAUAAAUUAUGUUGUUCAUUUAUAUCAUUUGUAAUAUUGUCAGUUUUUAUAUGCAUUUAAUAUUUUUAAAGAUAAUUCAUAAGCUAUCUAAUUAAAAUGGCGAAUUGUGUACAAAUUAACCAUAACAGAUAUAAGCGUUAUCUUUGGGAUGCAACUUAUAAUGAUAUUCCAAGAACAACAAAGUGGAGAAGGAAAACAACGCAGGCAGCUUUGAUUGGCAAUGUAAAUGAUGAUGUACAUCAUGCAGAGAGCUCAGAUGAAGAACAGGAAAUUCUGUCUGGCAAUAUGAAUGAUGUUUUGCACUAUGCAGAUAGCUCGGGUGAAGAAGAGAUUGGUGAAGCAGACAAUGAUGUUAAUUUUGAUGAAAACAGUAAUGAAUAUAAUGUCAACAAUAAUUUAUUUACCGAUCCUUUGUAUGAAGAAAAAAUUCUACCUGAUUCUGCAAUUACAGUUGGCAGUGCAAUCGCUCUUAUAAUGGCCUUUGUUUUGCAGCAUAGCUUGACAAAACUUGCUUUGGAUGAUUUGCUUAGCCUAUUGCAUAUUUUUAUACCUCAUUUAUUGUUACCAAAAACUAGGUAUUUGUUUGAUAAAAUAUUUAGUGUUUGCCAAGGCAAACUGGAACAACAUUUCUAUUGUAAUAAAUGCUCUACAUGUACAUAUUUGGGUACCACUAUAAGUGAUUUUGAUGUUUGUCCAGUUUGUGAAGUUGAUGUACAAAGUAGUUUGAACAGAGAUUUUUUUCUUGUGCUGCCACUUGAACAUCAGUUACGUGAAAUGUUAGAAAAUAGUAAUUUAUUUGAUCUUAUUCAGUAUCGUUUUGAUCGUGUUAAAAAUAAUGCAGACAACAUUGAGGACAUUUAUGAUGGAUCUUCAUAUAAAUCUAUUGCAGAGUUGCAACAGACAAUAAAUAUGUCAUUAACAUGGAAUUGUGAUGGAGCAAGUGCUUUCAGGUCAUCUAUAAAAAGUAUUUGGCCUUUGCAAUGUGUAAUAAAUGAGUUGCCUUUUAACAUUCGAAGGAAGCAUGUGUUGUUAACUGGUUUAUGGUUUGGUGCUAAGCCUAAAAUAAAUACGUUUUUAAAGGUGUUUGUCGAAGAAUGUUCAAAAUUAGCAAGUACAGGUUUUUUGUGGUUUAAUAAAGCUCAGAAUAAAAAUAUAGUAAGCAAGGUUUAUUGUUUAGUAUGUUCUUGUGAUUCUUCUGCAAGGUGUGUUUUGCAAAAUAUUAAACAAUUUAAUGGAAAAUAUGGAUGUUCGUGGUGUUUAAAUCCAGGUAUUGCAAUUAGUAACAGUAAUGGUGGACCUCCAAAACGUGUUUUUGAUAAUCAGUUAUAUCCAAGCAGAACUUUAAAUGGAUUUGUUGAUGAUGUGAGGUAUCUUGUAGAAAAUGGAGAAAUAAGAAAUGGUGUAAAGGGUGCCAGUCCAUUGUUACUGAUUCCUUAUUUUAAUAUAAUUGAUGGAUUUGUUGUGGAUUACAUGCAUUGCAUUUUGCUAGGAGUUGCAAGACAGAUGAGCGUCUUGUGGCUUGAAAAGAACAAUGAGCCAUGGUAUAUUGGAAAUAAAAUUAACAGUAUGAAUGAAAUGAUGUUAAAAAUAAAACCACCUAAUAAUAUUACGAGAGCACCAAGAUCUUUUCAUGAAAGAGCACAUUGGAAAGCCUCAGAAUGGCGUAACUGGUUGUUAUUUUAUUCUUUAUUUGUUUUACAUGGUGUUUUACCACAAGUUUAUUAUAACCAUUUUUUGUUACUAGUGGAAAGUAUUUACAUAUUGUUAAGCAAAAGUCUUAGCCAUGCAGACCUAGAUCAAGCUGAAAAUCAAUUGCAUGUGUUUGUGUCUGAUUUUAGUGUUAUAUAUGCCAUUGAUUAUAUGACUUACAAUAUUCAUUUGUUACAGCAUAUUUCUUCUACUGUUCGUGAGUGGGGUCCAUUAUGGGGCAUUUCUAACUUUAUGUUUGAAAACAGCAAUGGUUUUUUGUUAGACCUUUUUAAAGGUACACAAAGUGUACCACUUCAGAUAUGUCGUACUUUUACUCUAUACAGAAAUUUGCCAAUUAUAGGUGCUAAAUAUUUAAAUACUGUACCAGAAUCCGUAAUAAAGUUUUUUGAUCAAUGUUUAUCUAGAACAAAUACAUCAGGAAAAGCUAUUUGCAUUACAGAAAAUGUAAAACUCUUUGGUGCACCAAAGUAUAAGUUUCUAACCAAUGCUGAAAAACGAGCUUUAGAGACAAUUUUGCCUAAUGUAGUUCCAGAUCAGUUAGCUUUUUUUGAAAGAGCAGUUGUCAAUGGCCAAAUGGUGCAAAGUCAGCAGUAUGUUAGGAGUUGUAGUAGAAUUAAUUACUGCGUAGUUGUAAGAGAUAAUAUACUGUGUCUUGUUAGCUCAUUUGUUAUUGUUAACAAUGAGUGUUACGUGUUCUUGAUUAAACUCACUACAGGGAGAUGUGCGUUUUUGUCUCAUAAUGCUAUAUCUAGACAUAUUAUGACAACUACUGGUUCUAACAGUAAUACUUUGGUUGCCAUGCUUGCUAAUGAAAUUCAGCAAAAGUGUUUAUUUUUACCUUUAAAUGUAUUUUCUCUUGUAACAUCGUAUGUGUGCUUUCUGCCCAAUCAAUGGGAAAUUGACUAAUUAGUUAUUUGCAUUUGAUUUAAUCCGGUUGUAUAAAUCUGUUGUUUUAUUUAUUUGAACGUUAAUUAUCUUUUUUAUUAUGUUUUUAUUAUGCAUCAUGUAUUUUAUUCUAGCUUUUGUUAGCAUUAUUUAAAAGUUUAAGGUUUGUUGAAAAUAUAACUAUGUUUGUUAUAACUAUUUUAAUUUUUUGUUUUCAUUAUCAUUGUAUUUUUUAUAAUCUACCAAUUUCUCUAUAAUCCUUUUCUUUAAUUAUUAAACCUUUUAUAGAUAUUAAUAGUAUAAAUAAUAUCAUUUACUUGCAUUCAGUAAUGUAUAUUAUUUUGCACAGUGCUGUGCCAGACAGUUAUUGCUCUAACAAUCCGCACCUCCUGUUUAGUUUUGGGCCCUACAUUAUGUGUUGAAAAGUUGAGAAACCAACAAAAACACCUAUUUCAUAAUUUUAGUUUUCUCAAAUAUUUCAAAAAUUUCUGGGCAGCUCUAGGCAUACCACUCAUUUCGCUCUAGAUAUCUAGGACCCUAUAUAUUCAGAUAAAGUAUUAGACUAUUAUAAAUAAACAAAUUAAUGUUUGAGUCUGAAUUAUAUUUAUUGAAAAUUUAACCUUAGAAUAGGAUAAUUUUAGUUAUUUGAGGGGCCUCACAGAAAUUUCCUUGCAAGGCGCCUUAAGGUACCAAGUUAUAGUUUCUAGUUCUAGUCUUCUUCGACUUGGUACCUUUUUCUUGAGGCACCUCACUUAUUUUUAUUUAAGAGCAAAGUAAAUAGCAACUUGACUUGUUUUUUUUUUA